AUGACAAACACAAAUAAUCCAGAAUUAGAGAAAUUAGAUAAUUUCUUGAUAAAAUAUGAAAAAAUAAUAAAAGAAGAAGUUAGCCGUUGUGAUGAGAAGUUAGAAUCAGUGGAAAUCAACGAGAAACAAAAAACUGAACUCCGAAAUAAAAAGCAAGAAUUAGAAACGAAAUUUGAGAAAGCACAAUCUUAUUUAGAUAAAAUUAGAAUCCCUGAAAAUCUGUGCGAAAGAUAUGGUUUUAAAUAUGGCGAUGAUAAAAAGCCAAUCACGCUUGAUAUUAUUGAAGAGUUAAGCGAGCAAUUGAAAUUAAAUCCAGAGGAGAAUUUCUAUGUGGCUGAAGAAGUAUUAGAGCGGGAAGAAAUAGGAGGAGGUAUCACCCUGGAAAAUAAAGAUGAAAUAUUCUUAAAAAGUCAUUUAAUUGAAGAAGAGACUAAUAAGGGGAAAUUUAUUGGAGUUGCUAGUGGAAUUGGAACAGGAGCUGCCGGUGGAGCCGCAGCAGGUGCUGGUUUGAUGGUUGCUCUCUCUCCAUGGACGUUCGGUUUAUCAUUAUCAUUAAUACCAACAGCUGCUGCAGUUGGAGCUGUUGCGGGAGGUUUAGGUGGAGGUACUACUGGUUUUAUGGCUGGGCUUGCAUUCGAUAAGUUAUCAAAUUCAGAAAAAAUUGAAAUAAAAAACGAAAUAAAAGGGCUUUUAGAGGAUUAUAAAACCAUGAUGGAGGAAAAGUCUCGCGGUUGUCAGGACAUAAUUAAUAAUGAGGUGUCCGAGUCGGGAGAAAAAGAAGAAUCUCAAAAGCAAAAAGAAAAUUAUGAUAAUGAAGUUAAAGAAAUAGUGGCUUACAUAGAGAAUAAUAAUAAUUGA